AUGACGUCAGUAGAGGGGCGGGGCCUAUCGGUGUAGUCCACUUCCUGCUUCUUUGCCCUGGUUUCGCCUGAUCAGCUGCAUCCACCCUUUAUCCGACGAAAUACACAAUGUCACAUCAAACGGGCAUUCAAGCGGGGAAUGAUGUAAAGGAUAUCUUUGCCAAUGCCAAGAGUGGAGAUCAAAUUCGACUCAUAAAGGUCGUGAUUGAGGAUGAGGAGCUGACUCUGGGCACCACCAGGAAAGCGUCAAAGCAGUGGGACCAGGAGUAUGACUCUUUAGUGCUGCCUCUUCUAGACGACGAUGUGCCCUGUUAUAUUCUGUACCGGCUGGACUCCACUAACAACCAGGGCUAUGAGUGGAUCUUCCUGGCCUGGUCACCGGACCACUCUGCUGUGCGACAUAAAAUGUUAUAUGCUGCUACUAGAGCCACACUGAAGAAAGAGUUUGGAGGUGGACACAUUAAGGAGGAGCUUUUUGGCACAACAAAGGACGAUCUGAGUUUCAGUGGAUACAAGAAACAUCUGACCUCGCAGAGUGCUCCCCUGCCUCUCACUGCUGCAGAGGAGGAACUGAGGCAGAUUAAACUAAGUGAGGUGCAAACAGACAUCGGGGUGGAUACCAAACACCAGACCCUGCAGGGAGUGGCCUUCCCCAUUCACAAAGCUGCUGUGGCAGCACUUGAACGCUUUAGGGACAAGAAAAUCAAUUAUGUACAAUUGCAUAUAGACUUUCAACAGGAGCUCAUUCUAUUGCAAAGUACUGAGCCAACUGAGGUGAAAGACCUGCCAAUGAGAAUCCCUAAGGACUGUGCACGUUACCACUUCUUCCUCUACAAACAUUCCCAUGAAGGCGACUACCUAGAGUCUACAGUCUUCAUUUAUUCUAUGCCCGGCUACAAGUGUAGCAUCCGAGAGAGGAUGCUGUAUUCCAGCUGCAAAAGUCCCUUGAUUGACAUGGUGGAAAACAAUCUCCACAUUGAAAUUGAGAAAAAGUUGGAGAUUGACAAUGGGGAUGACCUGACUGCUGACUUCCUGUAUGAGGAGGUGCAUCCCAAGCAGCAUGCACACAAGCAGGCCUUCGCCAAGCCUAAAGGCCCUGCCGGAAAGAGGGGCUGCCGCCGCAUCACCCGGCCGCCCGCAGAGGGAGAGGAGGAAUAUUAAACAGACCUCAGCAUCCGACCACCACCUCCACCCCGAGCACGUUCCACAGUGGAACAAUCCUGUGAAGGGGGAAAUCAUAUUUGACACGCUUGUUUAAAAGGAUAAGAUAACAACCUCAAAUUCCCGCAAAGUUCACACGAAAACCCAGCUAUGCACGCCAAGGACAACUGAGCAACGACACACUUCACAAUUUCCAUUUGUAGCUUGCCAAAUGGAAGAGUAUUUAUGUAUGUUAGUACAUUAAAAACUUACAAUUUAUGAUGAUUCGGAGUGGCCCAAAAAAGCUUGAGGUUUGUAGUCUGUUUCCACCUGUUUAAGACUUAAACACAAUAAGGCAACUAAUGUGAACUUGCGCCAAUAUGAUACAACUCCCCCAUUUUAAGUUCACAUGCUCGAAUUCCUAACUUGCAUUCCUUAAGUCUGUGUCAAUUAAUGUUUCAAUGUCUGAUGUUUUGAACAUUUGUCUCCCACUGUUUGCACAACUGAGGUGCUCCAAAGCAGAAAAGAUAUAACUACCCCACUUGUGUCUAUUGAUUCAUUUUAACAGUGCAUUUUAUAUUGGAAAUCAACUUCUUUUUGAUAUAACUGUGGUUUACAUGAAAAAUCAUCUGCUGAGAAACUUAUUUUUCUAUGCAAGUGCUGUAAAUGUACAUACUGUAGCUAUGUGAUGCUCUUAUGAUUAAGAAACAGGUGUGUUCUGGUGAAUGUCAGUGUCGAUGAGGGGUCACAGUGGAAAGAAUAGGUGCUUCCAGAAAUAUUACAUCGAUCCAUCUCCGAUUUCACCAAGAGGAAGCUACGAAAACCUCGCUGGCUCCCAUGAAAUAUGGAAGGCCAAGCAGCCAGAUAAGAAAGGGAGUAUUUUAAGUACCUUGAUCGAAAUGUUGCCACAUCCACUUGUCUACUGAUUAACAUUAGGCAAACUAAGCUCACCUAAUGAUUAAAGGGAAACCCCUUUAUAUUCAUACAGUUUCAUUAUAAUAGAAAAAUGUUUGGGCUUAUUUGUUUUCUUACCAAUCGUUCUUUUAAAAAGAUGAAUAAAAUAUUUAAAUCA